GGGCAUGCGGCCUCAGAGGCAGUGCAGGGAUGAAGAUAGAUCCCCGCCCUCCGGGAGCUCACAGGCUGGGGUGAACAGCCUUUCUCUCUUCUUCUUCUCCUGUGAAUCAGCUCGGGGUGGACCCCGUCACCGAGCAGCAACACGCGCUGUGGAACAUGGAGGAUGGUCAGGUCAGCUCUGACAGCACAGGAGCUGAGGCCCAGGCCUCCUCACAGGAGUUCCUUGGAGAGAGCGGGGAGUUAAUCUCAGAAGGCUUCCUGCAGGAGGCAGCCCUUAGGCAGCGUCACACCUCCUGAGGACAGCCAGGAGGACUCCGGCUUUUGCUGAACCUUGCAUCUUGCCUCCUUCCUUCCAAAGGCUCCAGACCCAAGUUCGGCUGCCCUGGAGUCCUGCGUGGCCCCUGGCCAGGCCCUCUGCUGCCCCUCCAGGCCAGCCCAGUUCUGGAGCUCACCUCCAGGACCUGGAGCCUGCCCUCCUGCCCAGAAUGACUCACCAUUAUUUCUCGCUCAAGUGAGAAGGCGUGAUGGGCAGCCAGGCUGCCUAUUUGUGUAUCUAGGAUUCCCACAGUAUCUGAUCAGCUCUGUGUGGAGGAGAGCUUCGGGUUCCUGCCUUGCCAGCCAAGCGAGGCUGUCUCUCCAGCUCUCAGAGAGCCCUCAGGGCUCUGCCACGGGAACCCAGGCCGAUGCUUCUACAUUUCCAGGGGCCGUAAGCAGCACCCUGAGCUCCCUGCCACCAGGCAGCUGGAAGGCAUAGUGUGAGGCCCUUCUCUCAGCCCCAAUUAUGACAGUGGCCACCGGAGAGCCAGCAGACGAGGCUGCUGCCCUCCCCGGGCACCCACAGGACACCUAUGACCCAGAGGCAGACCACGAGUGCUGUGAGAGGGUAGUGAUCAACAUCUCAGGGCUGCGGUUCGAGACCCAGCUGAAGACCUUAGCCCAGUUUCCAGAGACCCUCUUAGGGGACCCAAAGAAGCGGAUGCGAUACUUCGACCCUCUCCGAAAUGAGUACUUUUUCGAUCGGAACCGCCCCAGCUUCGAUGCCAUCUUGUACUAUUACCAGUCUGGGGGCCGGCUGAGGCGACCUGUGAACGUGCCCUUAGAUAUAUUCUCUGAGGAGAUUCGGUUUUAUGAGCUGGGAGAAGAAGCGAUGGAAAUGUUUCGGGAAGACGAAGGCUACAUCAAAGAGGAAGAGCGUCCUCUGCCUGAAAAUGAGUUUCAGAGGCAGGUGUGGCUCCUCUUUGAAUACCCAGAGAGCUCAGGGCCUGCCAGGAUUAUAGCUAUUGUAUCUGUCAUGGUGAUUCUGAUCUCGAUUGUCAGCUUCUGCCUGGAAACGCUGCCCAUAUUCCGGGAUGAGAACGAGGACAUGCAUGGUGGCGGGGUGACCUUCCAUACCUAUUCCAACAGCACCAUCGGGUACCAGCAGUCGACUUCCUUCACUGACCCUUUCUUCAUCGUGGAGACCCUCUGCAUCAUCUGGUUCUCCUUUGAGUUCUUGGUGAGGUUCUUCGCCUGUCCCAGCAAAGCCGGCUUCUUCACCAACAUCAUGAACAUCAUCGACAUUGUGGCCAUCAUUCCCUACUUCAUCACCCUGGGGACAGAACUGGCUGAGAAGCCAGAGGAUGCCCAGCAGGGCCAGCAGGCCAUGUCUCUGGCCAUCCUCCGCGUCAUCCGGUUGGUAAGAGUCUUUAGGAUUUUCAAGUUGUCUAGACACUCCAAAGGUCUCCAGAUUCUAGGUCAGACCCUCAAAGCCAGCAUGCGAGAAUUGGGCCUCCUGAUCUUCUUCCUCUUCAUCGGGGUCAUCCUUUUCUCUAGUGCUGUCUAUUUCGCAGAGGCCGAUGAGCGAGAGUCCCAGUUCCCUAGCAUCCCGGAUGCCUUCUGGUGGGCAGUCGUCUCCAUGACAACUGUAGGCUAUGGAGACAUGGUUCCAACUACCAUCGGGGGAAAGAUCGUGGGUUCCCUGUGCGCGAUUGCAGGUGUGUUAACCAUUGCCUUACCAGUCCCCGUCAUAGUGUCCAACUUCAACUACUUCUACCACCGGGAGACAGAGGGAGAGGAGCAGGCCCAGUACCUGCAAGUGACGAGCUGUCCAAAGAUCCCAUCCUCCCCUGACCUAAAGAAAAGUAGAAGUGCCUCUACCAUUAGUAAGUCCGAUUACAUGGAGAUCCAGGAGGGGGUUAACAACAGUAACGAGGACUUUAGAGAGGAAAACUUGAAAACGGCCAACUGCACUUUGGCUAAUACAAACUAUGUGAAUAUCACCAAAAUGUUAACUGAUGUCUGACUGAAACCUAUUAACGUACUCGCAGCUCCAUGGAACUAAUGCAGAUAUUGCAUAAGAGCCUGCAUUGUAGUCAGUGUGUUCUACAGUGUGUAUCUGGUUCUGCAUGGAGAGCAAUAGUCGUGCAAGUGACUUUUUUGAUCUUUGAUUUUUGAUUUAGAACACAGAGUAUCUGUCCAUGGCUUUCAUGCGAAUCUUCAUCACCGGCUUAGGGGUUUCCAAACAGGGGAGUCACCUAUGAAGCCAAAAUUUCAGAAGGACACAUUGGGGCCACCUCGUAUCAGAUACGUAGCCCCCCACAUCAAUGCCACCUUCCCUUCCAAAUUAGAUGCACAUGGCACCCGGGAGAUGCGCCGCCCCAGCCUCCAGGCCCCCAACCCCAUCAUCCCAUAGGAGCCCACCUCUCCCUUCACAGGGGAAAACCCUGGUGGCUUAGCUUUAAAGCGCUGGUAAUUAUGCAAAAGGUCAUUCCCAUUUCCGCAUUGAAAAGAACACACAGGCCCGUGUGUUGGAAUCACUUUCUGUGUCACGGGCAGGGGAUUGUCAGUUGCAGUUGCCAAGUAGAUGCUCUGGAGGCUUGUGUUUCAUAAUGGAAGAUGCUGCAUUUGGUUUUUCUCCGCAGUGUGGAUGUGAGGGAACCCCAAGGGGAGGGACGGUUAGUAUGACCGAAUGUGAGCUGUCAAGUUUCACAUUUGCUCUUAGGCCUAUGGGGAGAAGCUAGCAAACCGAGGGACCUCCCCUCCUCAGAUCUUACCAUUUUUGCAGGCUUCAGGGUCACAAAACAGGUCUGAUUUCUUCGUUACACUGGAGUUUGCAGACAUCUGCUUUCCCAGUGCCGUGCUAGCGGCACUGACACUGCAGUGAAAUUACCAAUGAUGUGAUAGAGCUGCAUGGGUGUUUCUUGCAUGAAUCUCAAUAUUUAAAACACAGGAGAUAACCUAUUUUCUUAGUAGCCUACACAGUAUUCAUAUUUAGAGUAUUAAUAGCCCAGGAGUAGCACUGAACUAGGGUUUGUUUUUCCCCCAUUGGAGGACAAAAGCCCUCAAUCAGAAGAAAAAAAAAAAAAGAAAGAGACUGUUUGGCAUGGGGAACCGAAACUUGUGGCUCUCCAGCCCACCAUCCCUGUCCCUCCAAGCUGAGGCACAGACCUCUGCAAAGCCAGGAAGGGGAGCAGGGAACACAGCGCCUGAACACCUCACAUAAUUGCACCUUAGGAAUUAACCUAGUCGUGGGCAUGACUCUAUAGCUGACCAGGGCAUCUGGUCCUGAGGACAGGUGGAUUUGUGGAUCCAGUGUAUAUAAAUAUAUAUUGAGUAUCUCUUUCACGAGUUCCUCUACCUAGCUAGCUAUAGGAAAAACAAAUUGCAUUUGAACCUUGUAUAAGCUUAUGCAAUAUUUUUGACACAGGGCAAUUUAUGCAUGUGUUUGACUAUGUGCACUAGAGUAUGUAUGUAUAUAUUACGUAUUAUAUACAUACAUACAUGUGUGUGUGCAUAUGUUUAUAUGCGCAUGCACACACACACACACACACACACACACACACACACACACACAUAUUCAUUCUCUGGAGUUCAGGUUCAGGAGCAAAUCCACUGCUGGAUGGCUUGGUUGUCUGAGAGGCCUCAUGGGUUAAUUUAUCUCAUCAGUAACCCGACUGGGCCUGGGUUUGCUGUCAUUCCCUCAGACACUCCAGUCUUCACGGAGUCUUAGGUGUUGUAGUUGUCUCUCUGCCCUCCAUGUGCUGCGGCUUCAGUUUCCCGGGGCUGAAGCCUGUCUUACUGAGUGCACAAGGGCCCGCGGUCCUCCCAGCUCCAGCCGCCCUGGGCUAGACCCGCCUCAGCCUUCUUUCUACAGCACAUCAUGUAAAUCAUCUCUGUUGUCAUCUUCCCCCACCCUCUUUGGUCUUUAUUGUCACUUGGCUCCGCAUCAGUCACUUUAAUGAACCUUUCCCUAAAGAGCCAGAAUGGAUCACCUGCUUCAAAGCACGGACACCAGGAGGAGGGCUUCUGGGGUCCCAAAAGGCCGCAAGUCUGGACUGGAAGUGACCUUGCUCCACGCGGACAUUUCUGAAGUCCAGGACCAAGGCACGGAGACCCUAGACGAUCCACGAUUGCCAGGCUCAACCUCUCUCCUCAUUGAACUGGCAACCAGAGCUGCUUAAACAAACCAAGGGGGCGGAGAGAGACUCCUUCCCCCGCCCUCGCCUUCACCCCAAGACAGUCUGAGAGUGAAUGAGCACCCCACAGCAUAAAGGUAGAGUUCAGGCUGGCCCUGGAAUGGGUGGAGGUGAGGAGGCUUUAGCCUCACAGACUGAGCUUCUUUCCUUUCAACCUAAUGGCUUAAAUUUCCCAAACACAGCGGGUUGUGCGGUCAGUCCAGCCCUAUCCUCGCUGUUGGCUAUUGAGCACCUGCAGUUACCUGGGUGGUGGGGCACCAGCUCAGGGUGCUAGGCCCAGGGUGCUCAUUAGUUCCUGGUCACCCACAUCCCCAGAUAUCUGCAGGACACCCCAUGCCCAGUGCGAAGCCUCUAUGCUUUCUUCCUCUCCUUCCUGGGAGCUGGUGCUGAAAUCUCAAGACAUGGGGUGGGGAAGACACAGACCUCGGGAAACGGAGGGUAAAACAAUCCAUACCUAAGGCCUCUGUCAGGGGGUAGACCUUUUAUCCCAGUGUCUUUGACCUGGGACUAUAAAAUAUUCACAGGUGCAGGCACAUACGCACAAAUGCACACCCACCCCAAAAGAGGUAGAUACACUGCUGCCACACACAAAUACAAAAUGUACACACACCAGUUAAUGAAAAGGGCACACACGCAGAUGAUACAUAACUACACCCACGUCCAAAGCAUGCACACUCAGCACUGACCUGGAAUGCACUCACCAACACGGAACACAACACAAAAAGGCCUACAUACGCCAUGUACAAAAACACACCUGCAACUCCGAGGCAAGAUGCAUAAAAACCAUAGGAACACAAUGGGUAUGUAUGUAAAAUAGACACUUUGUAUUGCUUCUGCCCACAAGAUACACACAAACUCAGCCUAUACACAUGAUGCAUUUACUCACAUGAAGCACAGAAAAUAUGCCACAUUCACCCAAGCAUAUCCACUCUUAAUUUUCACAGAAUGUGCACAUAUGCUCCGAUCCAUUUCUCUGCCCCAGAGCUACAAAUUAAUAGACACAAAUGAGAGGAGAUGUCAUCACUUUUCCCUAGCCUGCAUCUGUACCCCUCAGUAGCCUUCAAGAAGCCUCUUUCCCUACCCUCUUCUCUUUCUCCCACCUCCAGAUUUCAGAAAAGUAACCACAAGGUUUAAAGCAGAAAGAUGGGCCCCCCAUUGUUAAGUAGAAAACUCUGAUUAAGACGGGGAAUCUCAGAGGCCGUCUACUUACUCACCUUCCUCCCACCAGAAACGCGGGUGUGGAAAGACCUAGGACAACCAGAAGCCUAACGCCUACGCCGUGCCCGUUCCUUUGGAGCCAGUCCACACAGGCAACCCCUUAGCCCAGCCUCCCCUGCUCCCAACCCCUAAGCUCUCUAGAUUCAGCUCCUUUCUCUUGAAAGCCGUGAUGGCUCAAGAAACUGCAGGGGCCUGGGCCCCAAACCAGAGUGAAAAUGCCCUCAACAUCCACAGACCACCCUGCCCUCCAUCCCUCAGUGGCGUUGUCAGGGGUGGGUCAGAAAGUCAAGACCAGACAUUGACUUAUUUCUUAAAAUGAGCUUCAGCAGGUAUCUCCGUGAGCUCAAAUCUUUAAGAAAGUUGGAGUUUGCAGGAGGCUAAAGAGAAAGAAGUCCAAGAAAGGUGGGGGAGAUCAUCAGGAAGACAGGGUCAAAUUUCAGAGUAAACUUUGCAGGCACUGAACUUAACUAAGGACAUAAUUAUGGCUUUUUGCUUCCAGAAACUUCUGUGGUGUUUGACACGCUGUCUUCCUUCCUCUCUGCCCCUCUGAGCUGGGCUUCUGAAGAUGGAAAAGGCAGGUCACCAGGAGGUUAGCUUUUUGGACACGGCCCCCAGGAAGUGUGCCUCUAGAUUCCAUUGGCUUGAUGUGGAAAGGGCUCCAUGAAAGCUUGAACCCCCGCCUGAGUGCUCCUGUGGCUGCUUCAUGUGGGGAGGGUUGCAGGACUGGCUUGUCUUAUCUGCUGUCCCUGGAUCUCUCAUUCCACUGUAGUGAGAACUUUGGCCAACUUACUCUUAUAGUUAGCCAUUAAAUAGCAGCGCGAACUCAUGUUGAGAGAGGGCAGUGCUCUCUGAAGAGUCUCAGGGUGGGGGUUUAGUGCAGCCCACAGUAGUGGCAAAAGAGGUGGAGGCUGACUUUCCCCAAAGGGGAAACAGUUUGCAAAUCGCAUAGCCCCCAUGGCAGACAGGAAGAUAGGUGCUUUGAAUGGUUUACCCAGGAGUUGGGAUGGUGAGCUCUGCUCAAGCUCUGUUUCUCCUGGGUCCCAUUAUCAUAACAGCCUCCAUCUGGGUGAUGGCUGCCUGGUCUGAGAGGCUGGUCCACACAGGCUAUAAUGCUUUGGGGGCUCCUUGGCGAUAGAGUGGGGGGUCCCUUAGCCUUGGCAAAGUGCCCAUUGGCAGGUUUGAACUUAUGACAACCUCUAGCAUCAUUAGCCACCUGAGCUAACCUAGCAGAGCACUAGAUGCUGGGAGGCAUCCCCAGGGCUAGUGUGACCAUCAUUUGUAUCUUUAGAGUCCGCCCUGGUUGAGACCAGCUCUGUUUCCUCAUCAAAGCGGCAAGCAGGGUUAUGUGGAUGUGAAGGAUCCCCUCCAAGCUGGGAUAGAUUUCUUCUUCAAACAAAUCCAGUUCACUUUUCCUUUCUUUCUGCUUCCCUUCCCACCAAAGCUCAGCUCCAUCUCUCACAGUUUGUGUUUGAAAUAUUUUUAACGAGGAAACGUGCAAUAAAAUCAAUAGUGACUGUUUUCUUUAGCAAUAGCUUUUCAAAACCAUGUUCUCAGGACUGAAAAAUGAUAGUACUUGGAUUAUCAGAUAAUGCCCUUGGCUUCUGAGCGUUCGUUCUGUCUGUGGUUCCCUCUUCUUCCCGUGUGCUUACAUGGCUCCUGUCCUCUGAGGCCCUGACACUCCUUUGGAAUGUAAAUGUACGCAGGGGUGCAAAUAUGCACAAGGAAGCUCCCCCCCCCCCCCAGUAGGCUUUCUUUGUGUCUCUCUUUCCCAUGUGUACUUCUCUCUGGGUGCCUCUCUGUCCCUCCCCCCGCCCCUGCCUGCCUCUGUCUGCCAGCUCUCACAUGUCAUUCUCGCAACCUGUAGGCCCUGAAACCUUGAGUCUGAGUGACCUCACGCCAGCCCAUCUCAUGGACUCUCAAUCUGGCAGGGUGUAAUGGAACCCUGCAGGAAAGCACUUACCAAUAGAUAAGAAUAAAGCAUCCUGAGCCAUUACAGAAGAUCAUUUCCAUGCACUAAAAGCCAUUACUUGAUCCAUUUGUUUCCCUUCCUCCCCUCUCCAGGGGGAUGGAUGCUGGGGGAAUGUGGCCUGGAGGUUCAUACCUGGGAUCGGUAGCCUGGGCAGAUUAGGGGAAUUGUCCUCUGGCUGUCCUUUGAAAUAAGCCAACUUGCUUUACCAAAGGGACUCCAUGAGAGCUGUGGAGGGAAGCAAGUUGCUGGGGGUAGAGAUCUGCAGGGACAGGAAGUGGGUGCACAGGGCAUGACGCUGGAGAAGCAAAGGCCCCACAACCCGCUACCGUGUAUACUUGCACAAAUAUUUGCACACAUAACUGGGGGCUUCAGAAGAAUCCCCCCCACCUCCUGAAAUAACAAUCUAGGAGGUUAAAUAUUCAGACUGGACAAUCAAGGCUGGCAACCCCAGGGUCCCAUUCCAUUGCUUCUCAAUCCACCUUGCUUUCUACACAUACAUACAGCAAAACCUCAGUAAACUGAUGGGGAAAUCCUCAGGGAAGGGAGUGGCCUAACUGCUUUACAAUUACGGUUGUUCGUGUGUGGGAAUGGGACAUGUCUGGGUUCAACCUUCGCUAUUGAAAAAAAACAACAACCCAUUUCCUAAGUAGGUUAGUAUAAACUUUCCUGCCUUAGCAAGUAGAGUGUUUAAGACGACAGACCUUGCAUUGCUCAGGGUCAACACUGUAAACCUCAGUGCUCAUCGGACGGAAGUGCAGACGGAGGAGACCAAAGAGAUAGGCUGAAUGUACGCUGGCUGCAAGGCAUACCCGGAAGUUGGCCUUUUGGGCACGUCCUGUCUUAUCAGAGAAUGCCCUGUUGUCGUUUGCCUCUUUCUACUGAAAGUGCAGUAAGAAAACAAUGCUUGUGUUAAUCGAGGUUUCAGUUAAUUGGUCCUGAGUUAUCAGAGGUUUUCCAUAUAUACAUAUGUCUGUGUAUAUAUGUAUAGUAUAUGUAUAUAUGUAUACCAUUGUUUCAAAAAUUAUACAGUGACCGGUCCCCUUAGCUUCACCAAUGUGGAAUGCAUUUGGCAAUCCAAGGAAUAAACUGCAUUUAUUUGAAUUUUUAAAUGA